ACUAGUAAUCACUGGUGCAAAAAUGUCUUUUCUGAAAAGGUAAACAAAAUGUGCAAAUCGUGGCGAGGAAAAGCAGUAUUUCGCAAAAACGGAAGCCUAAUAAGGCUGCCAGAGGUCCUGCAAUUAAGGAUAUAAAGAGCCUCACCCUAUCUGUCGGAUAUAUCUGCUUGAACACGAGUUCGAGGCUGUUGCUCGCCAGCACAUGAAAAUCAAUAAUUGAAUCAGAAAAUCAAAACACGGAUUCGCCCAGAUGCAAGAAGGCCCGCGAUAAAUUAUGCAAUUGUUGGAGCCAUUACCAACCCUCCUUCCCCUUCCCGCCGUUCACGUUCUCGUUUUGGCCCCGUUUGCAGUUAAUGUAUUCAAAUUCAAAUGCUGAACUCAAUUUUGGCCGUUACCAUUGCUGUCACUACUGCCGUGCAUGUUGUUGUAAUUGGACCAGAAUAUCGCGAUGGAGCAGGAAAUCGGCACCUGGGACUCGGUGCUGCUGGAGAACCUGUCUGAGGAUAGUUUCAUAAACAACAUUCACCAACGCUAUAAGCGCGAUCACAUAUAUACCUACAUUGGAACUUCUGUUGUGGCUCUGAAUCCAUAUCAUCACAUAUCCGAGCACUCUUUAGACAAUGUCCGAAACUAUGGCGACAAAGGCAUCUUCCAGCUGCCGCCCCACAUCUAUGGCCUCACUAAUCUUGCCUAUCAGUCGCUCAAGGAUCAGAGCGAGGACCAAUGCGUUCUCCUCACCGGAGAGAGCGGGGCAGGCAAGACGGAGACCUUCAAAAUGAUUGUGAACUUUCUGACACACAUACAGGAUCGCUCACAUUGUCCCGCCACCCCGAAUGUCCUGCGCAAGCAAUCCUCUACCAGCUCGGCCAGCGGGUUGGUGACGCACGCCCACAGGCGCGCGUCCAGUAGCUGCUCCGGCACUGCCAACUUUAUUAUAUGCAAGAAUCGUUCGGAAAACCCGUCAGCAACUAUUUCACGCAGACAAAGUCCUUCUCCCGGACCCUCCCAGCGAUCGCGGUCGCGGGCAGAGAGCAUCGAACGCCAGAGCAGGCGCCACAUGCGCGAGAAAAUCGUUGACUUUGACUUUUCACACCACAAGAGCAGCGAGAAUAUAAGCUGCCUGCUCGAAUCGCAUGCCCACCAGUUGCAUCCGACCAAGUCGUGCUUUAAGCACCAGCAGACCCAAGUCAGCGGCUGCACUGCCAAUUUCCCGACCGCGAAAGGUUCUCCUAAAUAUGCUGUGCCCACUGUCUACGGCGGUUGUCGCCAAUGCGGCCACAGUAAGUGCGUUCGUGGCCAGAGCCUAGAAAAGGAAGAUCGAGAUGAACUACAAGGCAGUAACUGUCGCUUAUCCACCAUAGCCAGCGUCGCAACUCACCCGACGCAUCCGCAUCGCGGCAGCUGUUCCAAUCUGAUCCGCCAGCACUCGACUGAGAGUCAGCCAGAGCGGGAACGGGAUCGAAGCUCUCUUAUGGGGUCUACGCAACGUAUAUCGCUGUACGAUGCACACAAGCUGAGCAAAGUUCUGGGAGAUCUGCCGCCUCCGCCGCCUAGCUCCGUUUCUCCCACGCCAUCGGCCAGUUCGUCGCUGCACAGGCGCCACAAAUCGCCCACGCAGCGGAUGCGAGAAUGCGUCACCUGUGCUGAUGUGUUCCUUGAAGCAAUGGGCAACGCCUGCACCCUAAAGAAUAACAACUCCAGCCGAUAUGGUAAAUUAUUCGAUAUCGAAAUCGAUUUUAAGGGCGAUCCAAUGGGAGUGCACAUAACCCACUAUAUGUUGGAAAAGACCCGUAUAACGGACACGAUCAUUGGGGAGCGAAAUUUUCACAUAUUUUACCAGUUACUUUUAGGGGCUGAUCUCCAGUUGUUAAAAUCGCUUAAGCUGUAUCGGAAUGUGGAAAAGUACGAGCUGCUACGCAACACAACUGCCAUGGAGGAGGACCGUAUGAAUUUUCAUUACACCAAGCGAUCAUUGGAUGUGCUAGGCCUUAGUUGUGAAGAAAGCAACUCCAUUUUUCGAGUCAUUGCAGUGGUGCUAAAGUUGGGCAACUUUAUUUUUGUGCCUAUCACCAACAUUGAUGGCACUGAGGGCUGUCAGGUGUCCAAUGUUUACGAGGUUCAAGAGACAGCACAGCUUCUUAAUAUAGAAGCUCAAAUUCUGAUUAACAGUUUAACCAGAGCAAAUAGCUCGAACAGCGCGCAAGAGGAUGUGGGAUGCGAAAUGGAUGCAAGGCAAGCAGCUACCAACCGGAACACGCUAUGUCGCACUCUCUACAGUCGCCUCUUUACUUGGCUGGUGAAUAAAAUUAACGAAUCCCUAAAGUCAACACAACGAGAGAAAAACUUGGCUUUGCUAGACUUCUAUGGAUUCGAAGUGUUGGAGCACAACUCCUUUGAACAGUUCGCCAUUAACUAUAGCGCGGAAAAGAUCCAUCAGAAUUUUGUUUUUCAUGUGCUGCGUUCGGAACAAGAACUCUACAUCCGCGAAGGGUUAGAGUGGUCGCGCAUUGACUAUUUUGAUAACGAGUCGAUUUGCGAGCUGAUAGACAAGCCCAGCUAUGGAAUCCUGAGCUUGAUCAACGAAUCCCAUCUAAACAGCAACGAGGCUCUACUCUUGCGGGUUCAGCAAUGUUGUGCGGGGCACCCCAACUUCAUGACCACCGGCAGCAACUCCAUGUGCUUUCAAAUUCGUCAUUAUGCAAGUGUAGUGAACUAUUCAAUACACCGAUUCCUUGAAAAGAACUCGGAUGUGCUGCCAAAAUACAUCAGCGCUGCCUUUUACCAGAGCAAACUGUCCCUAGUACAGAGCCUGUUCCCGGAGGGGAAUCCUCGUCGGCAGGCCACCAAGAAGCCUAGCACGCUGAGCUCGAAUAUCCGCACACAGCUACAGACGCUCCUGGCCAUCGUUAAACAUCGCCGCUCCCACUAUGUGUUCUGCAUCAAGCCCAACGAAGGAAAGCACCCGCACCAGUUCGACAUGGCUUUGGUGCAACACCAAGUGCGCUACAUGUCACUGAUGCCGCUGGUCCAUCUUUGCCGCACUGGCCAUUGCUACCACCUGCUACACGUCAAGUUCUUUCACCGCUAUAAGUUGCUCAAUAGCCUCACUUGGCCCCACUUUCACGGAGGCAGUCAGGUAGAGGGCAUCGCCCUGAUUAUCCGCAACCUACCGCUGCCUUCGGCGGAGUUUACGAUCGGCACCAAAAAUGUGUUCGUGCGCAGUCCGCGCACCGUAUAUGAGCUGGAGCAGUUUCGCCGCCUACGGAUCAGCGAGCUGGCCGUGCUUAUCCAAAAGAUGUUCCGUAUGUAUUAUGCGAGGAAGCGAUUCCAACGCAUGCGACAGAGUCAGAUAAUCAUCUCCAGUGCCUGGCGGACAUGGCGGGAAUGCCGAUUUGGCAUUCCUUUCACUGGUCGUAGGCAUUUGUGGAGUUUAUAUCGUGUUGCCCGCGAGGAGUAUCGGUCUUUAAAAUACAAACGCCAAGUAAAAUGGGCCAUCGACGUUAUCGGUCGUUAUUAUCGGCAGUGGAAGAUACGGCAAUUCCUGCUGACUAUUCCCCUGCGACUUCCACCAAAUACGUUGAGCCCUCUCUCCACGGAAUGGCCAGCGGCGCCUGUAUUUCUAGCUGAUGCAUCACGACAGCUGCGGUCUAUUUAUCAUCGUUGGAAAUGCUACAUCUACCGGAACUCAUUUGAUCAAACGGCACGCAAUCGAAUGCGAGAGAAGGUUACCGCCAGCAUUAUCUUCAAAGAUCGAAAAGCCUCCUACGCGCGAAGUGUUGGUCAUCCAUUUGUGGGCGACUAUGUUCGACUGCGACACAACCAGCAGUGGAAAAAGAUCUGUGCCGAGACCAAUGAUCAAUAUGUGGUUUUUGCAGACAUAAUCAACAAGAUAGCGCGGUCCAGUGGAAAAUUUGUUCCCAUUUUACUGGUGUUGUCGACCUCAUCGCUUUUGCUGUUGGAUCAACGAACGCUUCAAAUCAAGUACAGAGUGCCUGCUUCGGAGAUUUACCGAAUGUCUCUGAGCCCUUAUCUGGAUGACAUCGCUGUGUUCCACGUGAAAGCGUCUGAAUUCGGACGCAAGAAGGGAGAUUUCGUGUUUCAAACGGGUCACGUUAUUGAAAUUGUCACCAAAAUGUUUUUGGUCAUACAAAAUGCCACAGGCAAACCGCCGGAGAUACAUAUAAGCACAGAAUUCGAAGCGAAUUUUGGCCAACAAACUGUCAUCUUCUCGUUCAAAUACGGCGGCAUGUCGGACUUAGCACAAGGCCCACCCAAGGUCACGCGUAAGGCAAACCGAAUGGAGAUAAUUGUGUGAUGUACGACAGAAUUAGAAUCUAAUCGCGGUAGCUCAUUAAGUCUGCUGCUAUCAUCUUCGUCGCCUUAGGCAGAACUCGGGUUCGGCGGUCCGUAUCCAAAAUUCUUACCAGUCAUCAUGCAAUUGCAAUUACCAUUGCCCUUUGCUGUGGUUGAAGUCUUUCGACUUUUAUAUGGUCCCAGGGAUCAAAAUACAAUUUUAGCAAUAUAUUAACACACUCACACUUCACAAUUUAGUUUUGUUCACAAGUGACAAUCAGAGUAACCAAUUUGUUGUCAGAAUUGUGCCAAAAGCAGGAAACUAGAAUUGUACCAAGGAGUAGAUAAUGGAUGAGCGAGCUAAUUUUAAACUGCACUGUUUUAUUUAACUACGUAAUUGUAAAGUAAAAGCGAAAGAAACUAACGAAGUGAACAACUGAAUUUACUCAUCUAAUUUGUCAAACUAGAUUUAAGUGUAAGUCAUGCACCAAGUCGAUUAGCAUUGCAACAAUAAGUACGUACUGUAAGAAGGCACAGGGAAAGACGACGCUCGGGAGGAUCAGAAACGGGUGUACGAGCGGAUGCAGGUGCUGGAUAUGCAGUGUUUGGGAUUUUACACAAACUAUGAUAUUUCCGUUAUAGAAACCAAGGCAUUUCUCUUACAUUUAAGGUUUCAUACACAAUAAUUAGUGAACUAAUGCUAGACAACAGACAUAUAAAACUCUUUAUAUACCGGAAACACAAAUGAACCCAAUGUAUGCAGUUCGCUGCGACUUAGCCAAAAGGACAACUUUUCCCAAGAAAAAAAAAACAAAAACCAAAAAUGUUAAACCAACUAUUUACAAAGCAGAGCAGAUGAGUAGUUAAAUAUUUCAAAUAAAUAUAUGUAUACACCAUACGAAAUUAAUAAUGAGUCUAUAUAAAAGCGACAACAAUAUGGGUAAAAACAGAAGUCAAGUUUGUUACAAGUUGAGAACGAAUGUAUGUAGUUGUUUAUAUAUAACUUGUUAUUGAUAGUUCGAACAUCUACGUAAUUCAAGCUGCAGUGGAGUUUUCCGAUGUCUCAGAAUAUCUGCGACAUUAAAUUCCAACAGUUUUUAUUUGUAUUUAAGUUUUAAGCGAAUACUUCGAAAGAAAAGCCAAAUAUGAGUAAAUCGAAACCCAACCAGUUGGUAGUUUAUAAAACAAUGUUUAGCAAUAAUAAAACAUACACAUAGUAAA